UCGGAGAGUUUGAGUGAACUACACACUCGUAGUGAGAGCUGACCCGACGGUAUCGUCCCGAUAUGAGCCAUGGUCGGCGAGUAUUGCUCUUUCUCUAGGGAUAAGACGGACAUGCACUCCCAGAGAAACUCUAAGAACGGACUAAGUUGCAAAAUGGUGCUUCAAGCGGUCGGAAAAGUUUUAAGGAAGUCAAAGACAAAGCCAAAUGGAAAGAAGCCUCCAGCAGAAGAGAAGAAGCAAUACCUCGAGCUGGAGUUCACAAAGAUCCGCGUGGUGGAUUUUGACCUGAAGGAGCUGGUGGUUCUGCCCCGAGAAAUAGACCUCCACGAAUGGCUUGCCAGCAACACAACUACAUUCUUCAAUCUUAUCAACUUGCAGUACAGCACCAUCUCGGAGUUCUGCACUGGGGACAGCUGUCAAGCCAUGACGGCAUGCAACACAAUAUACUACUGGCAGGACGAGAAGGGGAAGAAGACAAAGUGCACUGCGCCACAAUACGUUGACCUUGUUAUGAGUCUUUGUCAGAAACUGGUCACCGAUGAGGAAGUGUUUCCUACGAAAUAUGGCAAAGAAUUCCCCAACUCCUUUGACACGUUGGUGAAGAAGAUCUGCCGCUACCUGUUCCAUGUGCUGGCUCACCUCUACUGGGCGCACUUUAAAGAGACAGUGGCACUGGACCUGCAGGGCCACUUGAACACUCUCUAUGCACAUUUCAUUGUUUUCGUAAGGGAGUUCAACCUGGUCGACCCCAAGGAGACCUGCAUCAUGGACGACCUGUCCGAAAUCCUGUGCGUCCCCGCCCCGCCGCCGCCCUCGACCGCGCCGGCACCCUCCUCGCCGACUUCGUCUCCCUCUCCUUCGUCACAAAACCACGUGACGGAGAGAUGAGGGGAGGCGCCGCCGAGAUGCCGGCCCGGGGGCGACAGAGGAUAAGAAAGGAGAGAAGGAAAGACGGCCUGGCCGCCUUCCGCCGUGUGCCAGCGGGACUUGACAGACCUUCCACACUACACUUGCGUAUUCCGCUGCAACACCAACCAACCAGUCGGGUGAACAAGAGAGGGGAGGGGGGGAUUGGCAGGAAUUGGGGAGGGUGGGUGGUAGCGAGGGGUUUGUAACGCCAGCAGGAAUUGGCGUGAACGUUUCUCCCAGGGAUUAAAAGAAAAAAAAACAUCCCUCCCAUCUUCUCUGCCAUUUAAACUAGGACAAAAAUUAAGGCUGUGUUUCAUUUGUUUAGUUUAAUUUCACUUUUACUUUUGUUGGAGAGUUAUUUGGUUCAAUUUUUGUUGUUGUUUAGUUGGGUUGAAGGUGUGAGAUUGUGUGUGUGUGUGUGUGUGUGGGGGGGGGGGGGGGGGGGGAUUGGCUCUGCUGUCUCUGCUCUAACUAGCACACUUCCUGUCCACGAGGGGGCUAUACUUUGCUUGGAGCCACUCUUGCCCCGGGUUUGUGUCGGACGGACAAGCGGCGUCUCUGCUGGCCUCCUCCCGAUAGCGCGAAGCACCACGCUGGCCCUGAGCGCCUUGAUGGUUAAUAUUAGCCAGUCCCCGGUUUGGGUUGUUUAUGUGGGCCUUGAUUCAAGGCACCUCCUACUCAGGACCUGAGAGUUUUGUCACUGCUGCCGGAGAGGCUUUUCUCUCUUUUCAUUCUCUGUCCCUUUAGUUGGCCAAAUCCACCACGUGACCUACACGUACUAAUAGCGUGGCCCCAAAACAAACAUGUUGUGGAACUUACUCCCCUCUAGAGGGCAGCAAAGAUAAAAAUGCACAGAAAGAUGGACAGAAAAAUGUAAGAUUGUAUAUUAGAUAUUUAAUCUGAUCAGAGAAAUGGUGAUACUUUAACAUAGUGGUGGCUGGAGUGCUGGUUUCAGGGUGGCGCACCCCCGCACCCCCCUCCACAACCUCUACCCAAACACACACACCUGCCGCAGCAGCUCAGAUGGACAAAGACAUGAUGUCAUGUCUGCAGUCCCCCACACAGCAACAUGCAGAGAAAGGCGAGGGGGGGGGGGGUGCAGCGUGCUGGCGGAGAGCUGCAAAUCUCCAUUCUUUUCUUCUUCGUUCAUUGUUUAGUUUUCCAUGUCCCUUUUUAAAAUUUGCUUUUAAAAAGACUAUGAAAGGAAAAUUAGUUUGGAAAUAACAAUAGAUACCAUUACACAUAGAAGAAAACAACUUCUGCUUGGACUUCUGUCAGACAGCUUCUAUGUGGGAGGAGGAUUGAGUUUAUAUUUGUCCCUUCUUUAAUUUAUUUUUGUUUUCUUUUUUGCAGGGUUCUUCAGUUCUGGCUCUUGUUUUUAUGUAUUUUAAUUAUUAACUAAGUUAAAAGCAAUUUAAUAUUUCAAGCUCUGCUGAUUAUAAUCUAAUAAAAGAAAAAGGUCAUUCUGA